AUGGCCGACACGACUGUGGCCCAGUUCAUAGAGAUCACUGGAUCGUCUCCGGAGGUUGCUGCCCAGUAUCUACAGUUGACGGACAGCAAUAUCGAGACUGCUAUGCAGCUUUAUUUUGAAAACGGCGGGAACCCCAUCCAGCCUGCUGCGGCACCCUCUGCUCCACAGCCGUCGACUCAGCCUCGACGUACAGCCGGUUAUGAAGAUGAGGACGGGGUGGUACACUUGGACUCUGAUGAUGAUGAGGAUAAUGAAAACACUACUGCGGGUCAGAGCUGUGCCCCUCGAGCAGCUAAUGAUACGUUUGAUGCAGACCUGGAGAUGGCGAGGAGGCUGCAGCAGGAGUUUUAUACUGGUGGAGAUUCAAUAGGGGGUGGUUUAGACGAAGUUCGGGCGCCGAUAGAGAGAAGGACAGAAACACUCGUGGGCCCGGAUAUGGAUGAUGGGUUUCAACCGGAUAUAAUGAGCCAGAUGCAGGCGAGAGCUGCUCGUAGAGCAAACCGACCCGGGAUCUUCAACCAGAGAGACGUCGACCGCUCCAUCUGGAACGAAGACGAGCCGUCAAGUUCAAAUGUUCUCUCACGCGCAACGGGGGGAGCCUCUGAGUCCUCCUCCAAAGCCAAUAUGCUGGCCGAGAUGUACCGGCCUCCGUUCGAGAUCAUGUGUCGACUUCCCUGGGACCUGGCACGAGACGAAGGCCGAGAGAAGAUGAAAUGGCUGCUGGUUAACAUCCAGGACUCCUCCAUCUUCGACUGCCAACUAUUAAAUCGAGACCUAUGGAAGAACGAUGGCGUCAAGGAGACAAUACGAGAGCAUUUCCUAUUUAUGCAGUACUCAAAGGACGACCCUCGCGGAGCCCAAUAUAUCCAAUACUACUUCCAUGGCCAUGAUGUGUCAGAUAACUACCCACAUAUUGCCAUAGUCGACCCACGGACUGGUGAGCAGGUAAAGACCUGGAGCGGUCCGCCGGUCGUCAAAGCCCCCGAGUUUUUAAUGCAGCUGCACGAGUUCCUUGAUCGGUACAGUCUUGAUGCCAACGUCCGCAACCCGGUAGCCAAGCGGAAGCCAGAAGUCAAACCUCAGUCGAAGAUAGACACAAUGACAGAGGAAGAGAUGUUAGAUAUGGCGUUAAAAAACAGCCUGGUGGGCCAGGAACCGACAAAGGCCGAAGAUCCAGACGACCUGACGCGGAGUAUUGGAGAUAUCAAGGGCAAAAGCAAGGCUGCUGCUGCUGUUGGGGAUGGCGGAGACGCAGACAUGUCGAAUGGACAUGAAGAUGAGGAACCGUCAGCCUUGGACUCCGCUUUCUUCAAAAUACCCUCUGACAAGCCGCACACUGAACCGGCCGCGGACCCGGCCACGACAACCAGAAUUCAGUUCCGCCAUUCGUCAGGUCGUAUAAUCCGACGAUUUGCAUUGUCAGACCCUGUCCAGCGGCUGUACGAAUGGCUCAAGGCAUCACCUCUGGAAAACAAGCAGGGCGUGGAGUUUGAGCUGGUGUCUAUGGGCCAGAAUCUGAUAUCCCUACUUGACCAGACUGUCGAGGAGGCCGGGCUGAAGAAUGGAACGGUCAUGGUUGGAUUUAUUGAAGAUUAG